ACCCACAAAGCAAUACAGAUCAUAUACUGAGCCAGCCCGUGGAUCACUUCAGUCCAUCGCUAUUCCAUUCACUGCUGAGCUUUUUGAAAGCUAGUUCGUUGGUAAUGGGUCGCAGCAGUAAAACCGAGGAUGGCGACGAGCAGCACCGCAAGGAGGAGAAGCACCACAAGCACAUGGAGCAGCUCGCCCAGCUCGGCGCCGUCGCCGCCGGAGCUUACGCACUGCACGAGAAGCACAAGGCGAAGAAGGACCCGGCGAAUGCCCGGUCGCACAGGAUCAAGGAGGAGAUCGCCGCCACGGUCGCCGUGGGCAGCGCCGGCUUCGCCUUCCACGAGCACCACAGGAAGAAAGACGCCAAGAAGCACGGACACCACCACUGAGCGAGCUAGGCCCGGGUCGUAUGCUUUGUAUAUAUAGGCUGCACCUGCACCACUCUAGCUAUUUGUACGGUUAUAUGACCGUUUCAUUCAUUUCCUUAUCUUGUUCGACAUUGUGUCUAU